CCUGGUGGGAUCGGGCCGCACCAGGGCCACUACAGUGUCAUCCAGCAGCAGCAGGGGCAGGUCGAUGCCUCUCCUGGGUGGUGCAGCCAGGCAGCGGGGUCAUCCACGGGCAGCCACAACCAGGCAGGUCUCGGAGGCACUGGCUCAAGCUGUGGGCCAGGGCACGGAGCAGCUGGUGAGGGCACCAGGCCAUGGUGGAACAGCCACCACAUGGCUGGGCAGGGCAGUGGGAGAGCCCACACCUGGGCCAGCUGCUGCAGCACCCCACAGCUCACACAUACCUGUCCCUCCACUGCACCUCCUGAAAAGGUUUCUUCAGAGUCACCGGAGCACACUGACGUGGCUCCCAAGAGAGUGGCCAGCCCCUGCCUUGCAAACAAACAGCCAUCUCGUUCACAAGUCCAGCAAAGAAACACUGUUAAGUUACCCAAUGUAUUAAACAAAUUGCAAGCCAGGGCUGUUUCUCUGAAAUGGGUUAGAGUAAGUGGUCAGGUCCCCUCCCUCUGUGCCACAGCAGAAUGCCUCUUUGGUGAGCAUUACAGUAAGAGACCUAAGCCCACAGCCUGGAGUCGCAUGUCCCAGUGGCUGUCAGACUCCAACCCAUGCAGCAAUUAUGGGACAGAGAUGGGCAAUAGCAAGCACAGGGCACUCUGCACCUAGUCCUUCAGUCCUCAGAAAGCAGCUAAAAGGAUUUCAGAGUGGGUGUUGAACACUGCAGACAGGGAAGCUGGGACCAUAAGAGCUGGCAGGCAUCAAGAGCAUAUUAGUCUCUCCUCUAAAGAGACCCCACAUGCCAUGCAGUGCAAAAUCUCACAGGAUGCCUGGCAUGCAUGCUAAACCUCUUCCCUUUAAUAAGCUUGAGCUGCCUGAGAAUGUAAGUGUGACAGACACUGGCAAGUGAGAACACAGAGGAUCCAUAGGUUUGAAUAUGACUAAGAUUAGCAUGACUAGAUUUCCCCGUUUUUUCCUUCCCUCAAAGGAAUUUUUUUCUAUAUGACUGAGUAGGCACCUAGGGCAACAGAUGGAAGUGUCUUCCAGAAGUCCUUGUUCAUCUUGGGCAGAACACCUGCUAGGAGGAUCCCAGGCAUGCAGAGCUCGUCUCCACAGCUUGAUCUGCAUGUCCCAAGAGCGGCGGCUAUAUUUCUUAUACUUGUUUGGAGUCUGAGGGUGAACUCCUGGCCUCCGAGCAGCCCUAAGAGCAAAGUAUAGUAUCAUCAGCAAUUAAGAACCUUCUUAAAACCCUCCCUUCUGGCAGCAAGUCUCUUCAUUUCCACCCAAAUGCCAGAACGUCAUGGAGAAACACCCAGCUGCCCUUCUUACAGGAGACUGGUGGAGCACUGGGAUUAUACCCUCAGAUCUCAAGGGCCUCCCCCACGCGCCGCCUGGAGCUGUCGGGUCUCAGCGCCGCCGACUCGCCCGCCUUCGGUGCCGCCGCGAUCCCCGACGGCGAGUGUCACAGAAGCAGAAUGUGAGACCUUUACUGCCACAGGUGUUGUGCUCUACACCAACUUUCAAACAUGCUGUGCAGCAAGACAGCACAGAGAUUGAUAGCCCCACAAAGGACAUAGGGAGCUUGCAGUCUGAGAUGAAAGAUCUGGGCAGCCCAAUUGCUGUCACAGGAUCUCAUGCACAGAACGUAUUGGGGAGCCUGAGUGGUUUUGCAGAUCUGUUUCCUGAUGAACAAGAGAUGGAGGUAAGCAGGGAGAAGCUGGUAGCUAGGGAUCCGUUUUCCAGCAUGGCUGUCUUGCUCUCUGGACCCCUCCUCACCCAGGACAUCAGUAUCAGUGAGGUCUCUAUGAACAGAAGCCGUUUGUACCGCUCACCUUCAAUGCCAGAGAAUUUGAACAGGCCAGUACUGAAACGAAUAGUAAAGUGCCAGGACAAUGAAACUCCUGUAAAGGUGAAACGGAGGUGCAGCCGAGGCCAAAAUGAGCCAGAGGGGAGUGGGACCCUGAAGAAGACAGUUUCACUCUCCAACAUGGACAUCAUAAAAAUCCUAGAUCAGGACAGUGGUCUCAGACAGCUCAUCGGGGACUUCUCCAAAGUGUAUGCACUACCAACAGUGACAGGACAGCACCAAGAUCUGCGCUACAUCACUCCAGAGACUGUGGCUGCUUUGCUCUCUGGGCAGUUUCAAAGCCUGAUAGACAAGUUCUACAUCCUUGACUGCCGGUACCCUUAUGAGUAUAAGGGGGGGCACAUCAAGGGAGCUGUUAACUUUUACAGGCAGGAAGACAUCUUUGAAUUCUUCCUGAAGAAGCCUCUCCUCCCUUCUGUGCCACAGAAACGCCUAAUCCUUGUGUUCCACUGUGAAUUCUCCUCUGAGAGGGGCCCCAAAAUGUGCCGCUAUCUUAGGGAAGAAGAUCGUGCUAUGAAUGAGUACCCUGCGCUGCAUUAUCCUGAGCUGUAUGUCCUGAAGGGAGGCUAUAAGGAAUUCUUCCCUGAGUACAAGAAUCUAUGUGAACCCCAGAGCUACUGCCCAAUGCACCAUCAGGAUUUUAAAACAGAGCUGAUGAAAUUCCGCACCAAGAGCAAGUCAUGGAAUGUGGAGCGGAGGAAGCGUGACCAGAUCACUCGCCUCAUGAAACUGUGAGCACGAAAGCAAUACCUGGAGUGGAAACUUCUUGAAAGGGCUCUGUCUUCAAAAAUAAACCUAUGCUCUCUGAAGAUAGCCACACUGUAAAGGUGAAAGAAAGGAGCCUUGUCCUGUUGAGACUGCUAGGACAAAGGAGAUCUGUUUAAAAAAGUCUUGACAUUGCCUCCGAGAGACACUGGCUGAACAUAAAGUCACAAAUGAAAGGGUGUAGCAUAGCUGCCUGGAGAAAGAACAGGCUUUGUUCACUAAAGACUGAGCCAGCUGCUAAGCUGUCUUGCCUAAAGGCUAUAAGAUGGUGUAAGUCAUGGGUUGGACUCUCACCCCUCCUGCUUCAGACAGGAGUCUGCAUGUUCCUGUUUAAUAUUAAUGUGGAUUUUUGUUGUUAGUUGUCACUUACGACUGGAAUAAUAAACAGGUAGAACAGAAAAAAGUGUUUUAGCACUGGUCCUUCCUCCCUGUGGCAGUUCAGUAUUAGGAAAGCUAAGCAUGCAAGUACAUCUGGACGUGAUGAUUUCUCAGCCCAUCACCAGCCAGGAUCCGGUAUGCCCAGCAAGUCAGUCUCCAGCAACUGCCGCUACUAAAGACCAGCAGUGACAGCUAGAAAAAUGCUAACCCCUCUAUUAUGUUUUAUUGAUAUGUCAGCUAU